GACCUGACAUUAAUACACUGAGCCAUUCCUGGCUUUAAGAAAUCCGUUUAUUUUUUUAACUGUAUUGUGUAAGUUUGCAGUGUUAUUGCUGCCACGUCUGAUACUUUGGCCCAAUGACAGUGGGUGACCUUUGAACCGGAGAGGGGACGGUGCUCGUGCAUAUAACGACUAAAGUUCAGUAUUUAAUUGUGUUCCCGCUGCAGAUUGGAUAACGGCGUCUCUAAUCAAACACAGCUGCAUUCGAUCACCUCGUCCAACUAGUAUCGGUCCAACAGAGACCGAGGAGGCCUGGAGGAACAAGUUUAUCCGGGGUUUAAACGCGCUGGUAGCCGCGCCUAGUCAGACGUGCGCCUCCAGUGCUAUGUAACGAAGGAGGAGGCAAUAUGCGCUGAAUGAAACCGAGCAAAGAGGAGAAAUCACAAUGGGACUCCUGUCUAACAUGGUGUCCGCUGUGGGCCGCGUCGUUACUGGUUUGACGAAUUUUUUCACCGAUAUGUUUCUCACUCCACCGCUGAAGGCCACUCUCCAACAUUUGAGGGAAACUGAACUCAAAACUCUACGAGGAGAAAUCAAGACUUUAAAAGCCGAGUCUUUGUGGGACAAGUCUGGAGCUGUCAUCAUGGCCGUUCGGCGGCCUGGAUGAUUUUUGUGCAGAGAGGAGGCUGCAGAGCUGUCCUCUCUGAAACCCCAGCUGGAUGAGCUGGGGGUCCCUCUGUAUGCUGUGGUGAAGGAGGACGUCGGCACCGAGGUCCAGAACUUCAGACCAUACUUCAAGGGGGAGAUCUUCUUGGAUGAAAAGAGGUGUUUUUAUGGACCCCGUGAGCGAAAGAUGGGUCUCCUGGCAUUCCUUCGAGUUGGGGUGUGGAUUAAUGGCCUGAGGGCCUACAAGAAAGGCUUCAUGGGGAAUGUUCAGGGAGAAGGUUAUGUUCUCGGUGGGGUCUUUGUCAUUGGACGAGGACAGCAGGGUAUACUUCUGGAGCACAGAGAAAUUGAGUUUGGUGAUCAAGUCAACAUUGAAGAUGUCAUCAGAGCUGCCAGAAGAAUACCACAGGAAUGUCUGCCUGUAGAGAAGAAAUAAAGCUUUGUGUUAGCCUGGGUCAAUAAGAAUCUCAUAUUUGUUUAAAAAAGUCCUUGAGCUGUAAGAAUCCAGCAUCUUUCACAGUACAGAAAGGUUUAGACCCAUUACAAUGACAUACAGCUGACAUAGUUUAAUGUUCAUGUGAGAUGUUUGUAAUGAAUAUACAAGCCCUGUAAGAUUAGGGUAACAGUCUCUGGGGAAACCAGGGUGCAUUUUGGGGUAUGACUGUGUAGUAAGUGGCUCUGAGCGUGUUAAUGAUGGUCUGCCUUUAAACUCAGAGGAAGCAGACCUGAUAUCUAACACUCAGUUUAUUACUUUGUGAUACUGUUGUUAUCCUGGGAAACAAGAUGCUGUCACCUGACUAAUAAAACAUGCCUCUGUUAUCUACA